GGCGGCCGCCCGGGCGGCCGACUGCGGGCACUUUGAUGAAUCACGUGUGGUGAGGCCCUCUUAAAGAGAUAGGCGCCCACGUUCCCUCCGUGCUAAACACCGCCCUGAGGGCGGCGGCGGCGGCGACCGUGGUAAUUGCAGCUGCUUAGGGGCAGGGCUGGCCCCAGCGCCCAGUAGUGGCGGCCGCGGCGUGGUUGCGUCUGGGGUGCCUGGGAGCCGAAGCCCCGGGGGCCUGAACUCGGCAGCUCCCUGAGCAGCCGCACAACCUCUCGGGAAGAGGUGCUACCCAAUCGGCGCGGGGCAGCGCGAGCGCCCCGAGGGGCUUCCGCAGUUGAGGAGAGGAGGGGGUGACAGGGCACAGGUGACAGGGCCGGAGAAAGAUGGAGCAGCCCGGGGCGUCGGCGUCGGGAGCGGGAGGCGGCAGCGAGGAAGCCGGCGGGGCCCGGAGCAACAAGCGGAGCACGGGCAACCGGGCCGCCAACGAAGAGGAAACGAAAAACAAACCCAAAUUGAACAUUCAAAUAAAAACUUUGGCAGAUGAUGUGCGUGACCGAAUUACAAGUUUUAGAAAAUCUACUGUCAAAAAAGAAAAACCUCUUAUUCAACAUCCUAUUGAUUCUCAAGUUGCGAUGAGUGAAUUUCCAGCAGCUCAGCCAUUGUAUGAUGAAAGAUCUUUAAAUCUAUCAGAAAAGGAAGUACUGGAUCUCUUUGAAAAAAUGAUGGAGGACAUGAACCUUAAUGAAGAAAAAAAGGCCCCUUUAAGAAACAAGGAUUUUACCACCAAGCGUGAGAUGGUUGUCCAGUAUAUUUCUGCUACUGCUAAAUCUGGUGGUCUGAAAAACAGCAAACACGAAUGCACCCUGUCUUCACAAGAGUAUGUUCAUGAAUUACGAUCUGGCAUAUCCGAUGAGAAACUUCUUAACUGCCUAGAGUCCCUGAGAGUUUCUUUAACCAGCAAUCCUGUCAGCUGGGUUAACAACUUUGGCCAUGAAGGUCUCGGACUCUUAUUGGAUGUACUGGAGAAGCUUCUGGACAAAAAACAACAAGAAAACAUUGACAAGAAGAAUCAGUAUAAACUUAUUCAAUGUCUCAAAGCAUUUAUGAAUAAUAAGUUUGGUUUGCAAAGGAUUCUAGGAGAUGAAAGAAGUCUUUUACUAUUGGCACGAGCAAUUGACCCCAAACAACCUAACAUGAUGACUGAAAUAGUAAAAAUACUUUCUGCUAUUUGCAUUGUUGGAGAAGAGAACAUUUUAGAUAAACUUUUAGGGGCUAUAACUACAGCAGCAGAAAGAAAUAACAGGGAACGAUUUUCACCAAUUGUUGAAGGAUUAGAAAAUCAUGAAGCCUUGCAAUUACAGGUGGCCUGCAUGCAAUUUAUAAAUGCCCUUGUGACUUCUCCUUAUGAACUUGAUUUUCGAAUACAUUUAAGGAAUGAAUUCCUACGUUCAGGACUAAAAACAAUAUUACCAGAUUUAAAAGAAAAAGAGAAUGAAGAACUUGACAUUCAGUUGAAAGUAUUUGACGAGAACAAAGAGGAUGACUUAACUGAAUUAUCACACCGUCUCAAUGACAUUCGAGCUGAAAUGGAUGAUAUGAAUGAAGUAUACCAUCUUCUAUAUAACAUGUUGAAGGACACUGCUGCUGAAAAUUAUUUAUUAUCCAUUCUACAACAUUUUUUGCUCAUCAGAAAUGAUUAUUAUAUAAGGCCACAAUAUUAUAAAAUAAUUGAGGAAUGUGUUUCACAGAUAGUGCUGCAUUGCAGUGGUAUGGACCCAGACUUCAAAUAUAGGCAAAGAUUAGACAUUGAUUUCACUCAUCUCAUAGAUUCUUGUGUGAACAAAGCAAAAGUUGAAGAAAGUGAACAAAAAGCAGUGGAGUUUUCCAAGAAGUUUGAUGAAGAAUUCACAGCUCGACAGGAGGCUCAAGCUGAGCUUCAAAAAAGAGAAGAAAAAAUCAAGGAACUUGAAACAGAAAUCCAACAACUUCGAAACCAGGGACAUGGACUUUCAAGUUCAUCAGGAAUUCCAGGCCCUCCUCCACCACCUCCAUUGCCAGGUGUUGCACCACCUCCACCACCACCUCCACCACCACCACCUCCACCUGGAGCAAUUCCUCCUCCUCCACCUCCUCCUUUACCUAAUAUUCCACCACCGCCACCUUUGAUUGGGGUACCUCCUCCACCACCACCCUUUGGAGUAGUUCCUCUUCCACCAGGAGCACCCCUUGAUCUACCUUAUGGAAUGAAACAGAAAAAAAUAUACAAGCCUGAAGUGUCCAUGAAGAGAAUCAACUGGUCAAAGAUUGAGCCCAAAGAAUUAUCUGAGAAUUGUUUCUGGUUGAAAGUUAAAGAAGACAAGUUUGAAAAUCCAGAUCUCUUUGCAAAAUUGGCACUGAAUUUUGCUACCCAAAUGAAAGUUCAAAAAAAUGUUGAAGCAUCAGAAGAAAAGAAGUCUAUGCCUGCAAAGAAGAAAGUGAAAGAAUUGAGAGUUUUGGAUGCCAAAACAGCUCAGAAUCUGUCUAUCUUCCUGGGAUCAUAUCGCAUGCCAUAUGAAGACAUAAAAAACAUUAUCCUGGAGGUUAAUGAGGACAUGCUGAGUGAGGCCUUAAUUCAGAAUCUGAUAAAACACCUUCCUGAACAGAAGGUACUCAGUGAAUUAGCACAGCUGAAGAAUGAAUAUGAUGACCUCUGUGAGCCUGAACAAUUUGGAGUUGUGAUGAGCUCAGUGAAAAUGUUGCAGCCUCGGCUCAAUAGCAUUCUUUUCAAGCUCAUGUUUGAAGAACAAGUAAACAACAUCAAACCAAGCAUCAUAGCAGUAACACUUGCCUGUGAAGAACUGAAGAAAAGUGAAAGCUUUAACAGACUUUUAGAGUUAGUUCUUUUGGUUGGAAACUACAUGAACUCAGGCUCAAGAAAUGCCCAAUCAUUGGGUUUUAAAAUAAACUUCCUUUGUAAGAUCAGAGACACUAAGUCAGCAGAUCAAAAAACAACUCUUUUACAUUUUAUUGCUGAAAUGUGUGAGGAAAAAUACCGGGAUAUCCUGAAAUUUCCAGAAGAACUGGAACAUGUGGAAAGUGCAAGCAAAGUUUCAGCACAAAUUCUCAAGAGCAACCUUGCAGCAAUGGAAAAACAAAUUGUUCAUCUGGAACGUGACAUCAAGAAAUUCCCCCAAGCAGAAAAUCCACAUGAUAAGUUUGUGGAAAAAAUGACAAGUUUUACAAAGAGUGCCAGAGACCAGUAUGAAAAGCUGUUCACCAUGCACAACAACAUGGUAAAGCUGUAUGAGAAUCUUGGAGAAUACUUCAUUUUUGACUCCAAGACAGUGAGCAUAGAAGAAUUUUUUGGAGAUCUCAGCAACUUCCGAACUUUGUUUCUGGAGGCAGUGAAAGAAAACAAUAAGAGAAGAGAAAUGGAAGAGAAAACUAGGAGGGCAAAGCUUGCAAAAGAGAAAGCUGAACAAGAGAAAUUAGAACGCCAGAAGAAAAAGAAGCAACUCAUUGAUAUAAACAAAGAUUGUACUGCUUUGAUUAUUCUUAACAACCAGCUUUUUGCAAGAUUUGUCAUGACUACAGUUUUUGUUUAUCUUAUUGCAUUAGCAGUGACAUUUGUACAAAUUAAAAGAACUGCCCUUACUUCCAGUACAGAUGAUCCUCAUUUUAUGAUGAGGCUUUGCCCUGAAAAGCCCAUCUUGUACAGGAUAGAUCCUGAAAUAGGAGAGGAAAUGUUGAGAGUGUGCUGCCUUAAAUCAAGUUUUUUAAGUGAGGGAAAUAAGAAGGAAGAGCUAGCUGCAAAGCAUUAUCACUUUAAUUACUUGGAGGAAAUGCUUUAUCAAAAAGUUGAGAAAACUGAAGUAGGAAAGUUCGCGGUUGAUACUCAGCUGAGGCCACUGAAAGUGAAAUGCCACGUUGCCAGUGACCCACUGCAGGAAGCUCUCGGAAGGCUCCUGAGUAGGCCAAGAAGUGGCAGGGUGGGACCAGAGGAGAAGAGUAGCCCCACUGAGGCCGACGCAUGUUUACACCCCUCUCUCAUGAGACAGUAUAAGGAAGAGCCUGAAAUUUUCCCCUCACACUUUGAUCUGAAAUCAUUCCAGUGUAACUGUGCAAAGGAAUCAUUAUUGACUCCUGGCAGAGCGUCGUGGAGAGGAGGUGAAGACACUCAUCUCCUGAUUUCUCAGUGCCCUGUGUCAAAUCAGGAAAAGAAAGAGGAAGAGAAGCAUGAUCCAAGAAAGGAAGCAGCAUUUGUGGAGGCAAUAGGAGAGCACGUUAUGUUCAAGGAAGAGCCAACUGUUCAGCAUUGCCAGAGUAUAGAUAACAGACGAGUACCUUUGGAAAGGUCACGCUCUCGCCACAAUGGAGCUAUCUCAUCUAAGUGAUUCCUGAUGCCAAAGAAUGUGAAAAUGUUUAAGAAAACAAAGCCCUAUGAUUUGAAAACAACAAAACAUGCACUCGAGGGAUGGAGAAGAAAUAAGUGCAUUUCUGCAAAGAUGGAGCUAAGCUGGAUGAAGGAGUGUCCAUUUAUAAAAUUCUCAUAAGACUCCUCCCACAGUUGUACUAAUCUGAACACAGUGGCCAGGAUUAUAAAAUGUGUAUUCCAUUUUAGUGUAAAGAUGUGUAUUAUUUGACAUUAUGUGCGAUCUGACUGUGAUGAUGAAAUUGUAAGAAUCUGAAGAGUUCUAAGGCUCUUGAAAACAUUCAGUCUAUCAACAAUUUACAAUUUGUUAGUUGCUUCAACCUAAAAAAAAAAAAAGAAGAGAAGGAAUGGGAAGGAAUUAUUCAAUGUCUGUUUCCAGCCUAUAAUGUAUAAAAGGGAAAAGCAAAGGAAAAUAUGAUGCAUAUGAAUGAUUUGAAGAGGUGCUAAUGUUGCACACACUGUAAGAGAAGCCAUUUUGAAAAUUUCAAAAGGAAGUGCUCCACCCCAGAUGAGUUAUCUAUGAUCUUAUCUCCAGUGAAAGCUGAUAGAUUCAUCUGCUUUGGCUGAAAUUAAAGUUAUCAUUAGUCUAGAGUUUCAGUAUGAUAUUAUAGGCACUUACCAUCAAAAACUACACCAAAGCUUUACGGAAUCAGUUGAGGAAAAUGUUUUAAACUUUAUUGAAAGAAAAAAUUUUCUAAUUAUUCUCAGAUAUCUGCUUUAUACAAAUAGUUUGUAUGACUAUUUUUGAGGGAGAAAAAACCCUCAUAUUUUAAUGUUUAUGCUAGGGAUGAAUCUGAAAAUUCUGUUACCUUCAUUUAGAUUUUAAAGACAAAUAUUGAUUCCUCUUCUUUGUUGUUUAUUUCUUCUGUCCAUUGCUUCCUUCUCCCUUGACCCCCUUGAAGGCAGGGAAUAGAGUUCUAGAAGACCUGAGAAGAAAGAGAUUUCUUUCUGCAGGAGGCAGCAGAAAACUGUCUGAAAGGUCAAUUGUUUUAUCCCUUUUUCCACUCCCCUUUCCAAUUCCGCUUUGGUGGUCUGAAGAAGAAAAAGAAAUUCUAUGUAUCUAUGUGUAUAUAUUUGUAUAUUUAUAUCUUCUACUACAGUAAUUCUAUAGCCUAGUAACUAAGUGAACUCUUCAAUCAUCAUCAUACUUACCUACCUUAUAUCAACAGAUUAAAAUGAUGCUGCCAAAACAACUAUAGGAGGAAAAAUAUACUCUACAUUUCUCUUAAAUAGAUGAGAGAGUAAAUGCUACACUUGACUUGUCUAUUAUUUUAAAAUAUGCAUUGGAAUAACGUGGUAUAACUUCUCUAGAGUGCAAUUUUAAGACUAAUUCAUGCAGAUGAUUGUGGUUAUUGUAAAAGAUUUAUUAUAUAUGUCUUUCUUCUAUAGAAAAUCCUAUUUCUCCUCCCCCAAAGCACAUUAUACACAUUCAAAGAGAACAAAUGAUUGGUUUGGCAAGUCACCAUUGAAGAGAAUGUAAACAAGUGGACAAUAGCUCACAUCUUCCUUUAGAGAUAUGUAUAAUGACUCAAACUACUGCCUUUUUCUCCACUACACUGUUACUUAGGUAGUAUUUUUCAAAAAGCUCUGAAGCUGCUACAAUACAGAAAUCAAAAGAAUAACAGUAUCUGAGAUUUUACAAUUUUAUCUUUUCUAUAAACACACACACAUAUUUAAGAGACACAUCAACUUCAUACACUGUUUUUUAACAACAACAAAAGUUUAGGUUCCACUAAUUUAUGUAAAUACUUAAUGUGUGUAUUUUUGACUUCCCAAGUGUUUUCUGAAACCUUCAUGGUAUGGCUUCUUUGAAUCUUUUGAUAGUUUUUUAGGCUGUAGCAAAAUGAUUUAGAAAUGGUAACCCUGACUAAAACUGGGAGGCAUUUGCCAUGCCAUAUUAGCAAGCUGGACAAGGUAGAAAUACUGAUAUAUCACCUUUUCCAGAUUGUGAACUUGCCUUAUUUUCCAGUUUGUGAACAAGAAUGAAUGAAAUGCUAUUACUCAUAAACAUAAAUUAUAUAUUUGUAUUUAGAGCAUUCUCACAUGCUUUUCACAAACAUUAAAAAAAAAAAAAAAAAACCAACCACACUUUCAGGGAAGUUCUAACAAUUAGGUUAAAGGGUUUGCUUCCCAGAUUUGCAAUGGUCCUGCUCCAGACAUUUGCAUUUGUUUUAGAUUGAAAAGUAUCACCCCCAAAAAGUCCAUUUUUAGUAUUGAAACAAAUUAUACUAAAGUCUUUUGUGUUUCUUACUGCCACACUUCAGAUAUGCAUUUAUACAGAUUUUCUUCAGAAUGUUAAAAAAUGUGCAAUACCUUUAAAAUGUUAACUAGUUUAUUUGUUUCCUUUGACUAACAAAUUAUCGCAGAUUUGGUGGGUUAACACAACAGAAAUUUACUCACUCACAGUUUUGGAGGUAAGAAGUUCAAACUCAAGCUGUUGGCAGGGUCAUGCUCCCUCCAGAAGCUCUUGAGGAGAAUCCUUCCUGGCCUCUUCUAGUUUCUGGUGGUUUCUAAUUUCUCUCUACUCUGUCUUUACAUCGCCUUCUCCUCUGUGAACCUAAUCUCCCUCUACACCUCUUUUAAGUGGAUGCUUUUGAUAACAUCUAGGAACCACCCAAAUUAAUCCAGGAUGAUCGCCUAUUCUCAAGAUCCUUAACUCAAUUGCAUCUUCAAGACCCUUUUUCCAGAUAAGGUAAUAUGCACAGGUUAUGGGAAUUAGGUUGUGGACAUACCUUUUUGGAAGCAACCUUCAGCCCACCACUGUCUGCUCUCUAGCCCUCCAGAAUUUGUGUGUCCCAUGUGUAAAAUACAUUUGUACUAUCUCAACAUUUCCAAGUCUCAAUCCAUCACAGUACCAACCGUAAAUCCAAAAUCUCAUCUAAAUAUCGGUAGUUCAAAUGCCCAAAUUUCAUACAAAUAUCAGUUCUGAAGUCCCAAAUCCUAUCACCUAGAUCAUCUAAAUUAGGUGUGAGUGAAACUCUGGGUAGGGUCCAUCCUGGGGCAAAAUUCCUCUCCUCUUGUGAACCAGUCAAAUAGCAAAGAAGUUAUCUGCGUUGAAACUACAAUGGUGGGACAACAUAAGGUAUCAAUUACAGAUAUUCCUAAUCCAAUUGGGAGGGGAGAGAAAGUAGAAAGGAGUUAUCUGUCCCAAUCAUUUUUUGAAAUGUUGCCAGACAAAUUCCCCUUAGAUUUCAAAGCCUGGCAAUAAUCUCUUUGACUCAGGGCUGCAUCUUUUGGGGCUGCACCUCUUCCCUUCUGGUCUAUGGAUUGGAUCUCUGCCUCUGUGCCCAUGGUUUGCACUUGUGCCUUGUUCCAAUUCUUGGCCCUUUGCCUCUGUACUCACAGCUCUGCUCUUUAUCUCUUGAAGGGUAGCACAUGUUUGCAAACUGGGUAGUUUUAUUAGCCUGUUUCUUCCCUGUAGAAUUCUGGUAGUCUGACAAUGUUCUCUCCUUUUGUCCUGUCCUAUCUCUGUCUCUUUCAGGUCAAGCCUUCUUGAAAACCAUGUGGUUCUCUUGUGUAUGUCACUAGAUUCACACCAUUAGAAAAAAGGGUCCUCACAAAUAUUUCCUGGAUAACCCCAUCUCUAUUCCAGGAUUCUGCUUAGAUACUUGACUGAAUCCAUGGGCCAGUGCCUAAUCUCUUAAGCACUUGCCAAAGGUCCAGCCAAUACCAUUGGCCUUAUCUUCAGAGCACACUUCACUAUUAGUGAAAGCUCCCAAUUUUCGCAUCUUUUAUAAUCUGAAUAGGUGCCAAAUUUCCCAACUCAUCAAGGUGUGGUUUCUUUGUCACUUACUAGCUCUUUUCAGUUCAAUCUCUUUCCUCUAUUAGUUUACUAUAAGUAUCAGGAGGAAACUAGGCCACACCUGUAAAGCUUUAGGUGGCAGUCUCCUUAGCUAAAUAGCUAAGGUCAUCACUUGCAAGUUCUGCCUUCCACACUAUAGGAUACAAUUCAGGUAAGUUUUUUGCCAUUAUAUACAACAAAGAUGGCCUUUCUUCCCUCUUCCAAUAUAAAAUGUUCCUCAUGUCCUUCUGAGCUUUCACCAGAAAAUCUUUUAACAUUCAUAUUCGGACUUCCAGUCUAGCUAGGUUUUCCUAUCACAUGAAUCAAAAUUUUUCCAGGCUGUAGCCAUUAUCCAAUUCCAGAGCCACGUUCACUUUGUUAGGUCUUUCUUACAUCAGUAUCCCAUUUCCCAGUACUAAAAUCUGCAUUGGAUUCCUGUGGCUGUUGUAAUAAAUUACCUCAAAGACGGUAGCUAAAAACAAUAGAAAUGUAUUCUCUUACUAUUUUGGAGGCCAGAUGUCCAAAAAUCAAGGUGCUGGCAGGACUACAGGGGAACAUCUAUCUCUGUGUCUUCCAGAUUCUUGUGACUGUCAUUGUUACUUGCAUCUUUCUCUGCUGUCUUCAUAUCACCUUCUCCUCUGAGUAUCUAAUCUACCUCUGCCUCUGUCUUAUAAGGAUGCUUGUGAUGACAUUUAGGACUCACCCAGAUUAUCCAUGAUAAAUUCAUCAUCUCAAGAUCCUAACUUAAGGACAUCUACAAAGACUCUGCAGGUUCCACAGGUUCCAAGGAUUAGGACAUGGACAUAUCUUUGUGGAGGGAGAGGGCGUCAUUCAGCCCACUACACUAGUUAUUGCACAUAUAUAUUUUUUUCACCUUUCAAAAUACAUCCUUGGUGCUCAAGCCAAAUUGAAAGUUGUCUCUAAAAGCUAUUGGCUACACAGACUACUGCAUGCUUUGUUGUUAAGUGGAUGAACCAGCUAUUCUAAAUUUUAGUUGAUACUUUUGCUUCUAUAGCCAAUUAGCUUGAAGAAAUAAUUGAUCCCACCUUUGUGCUCUGGUGUAUCUCUUCUGCACCUUUAUGGAGUCUUUGACCAAAUGUCUUCUGUGAUAUUCAUCAUGCAGGCACAAAACUACCUCUGAUACAGAAGGAUUCUUUACAAGCUUAUUUUAGACAUUGUGAAUCCCUCAACUGAAGGGAGAGAUGAAAGCAAAGACUUCUUUGAAUGGGUAUUGAGGGAGAUUGUGUCCAUUCCAAGCCAUCUUAAAGAAGUAUAUUAAGUAGUAGUAGAAUUGUGGAUUUGUGCUCUCAUUUUGCCUUGAAAUAAAUCCUGUCUCUUAGCAGGACCAAGAAUGACUUGCAAUCUAUAUGUAAUGCCUACUUACUUAUUCAAUAAAGAUAUACAUUAAA